GUGCCCUACAUCAUCACCUGUCUCACUGUGUUCUGUCCCACCAUCUCCUGUCUCACUGUGUCCAGGUCCAGGUGAAGCUCCCAGUACUUCAGGAAGUGUCCUGGCUCUGUUGGAGAGUCUGCAGAACGCUCCUCACCUGGAGGUCCACAAAGACAUGAUCACCUGGAUCCUCAAGAUGGUGGCGAACAUCAAGACGAUGAGAGAACGAACAUCCUCUACCUCCACCAUCACCAUCAGCCCAGGACAAGAACUGGAGGAGACGGUGCGAGACAAAGAUAAGGCGGAGCGGAAGAGGAAGGCGGAGAUGGCUCGUCUGAGGAGAGAGAAGAUCAUGGCUCAGAUGUCGGAGAUGCAGAAACACUUCAUCAACGAGAACAAAGAACUGUUUCAGCAGAGUCUGGAGGAGCUGGAGGCGUCCACAUCUGCUGCUGCGGACAACAGGUACACCUGGACACACCUGUAAACACCUGUAUACACCUGGACACAACUGUAUACAUCUUUAUACACCUGGACACACCUGUAAACACCUGUAUACACCUUUAUACACCUGUAUACAUCUGGACACACCUGUAUACGCCUUUAUACACCUGGAUACACCUGUACACACCUGUAUAUGCCUUUAUACACCUGUAUACAC